AAUUAGUGAAUAUUAUCAAUGGAAGGAUUCCCUCUUUCAUACAUUCCUAAAACAGCUAUCAGAUUCCCUGCUCCAGAGUUUGACGCUACAGCUUACUACAAUUAUGAGUUCAAGAAGAUCAAAUUGUCUGAUUAUAAAGGAAAAUACGUGGUUUUAUUCUUCUACCCGUUAGACUUCUCCUUUGUAUGUCCUACAGAAAUUAUAGCAUUUUCAGACAUAGCCAAAACUUUCAGAGAAAUUGACUGCGAAGUCCUGGGAUGUUCCAUCGACUCCCAGUUCUGCCACAUGGAGUUCUGCUCAAAGCCUCGGAAGAAGGGAGGGCUCGGAAACAUGGACAUCCCUCUAAUAGCAGACGUUGAUCAUCAAAUAGCCAAAGAUUAUGGCUGUUUGAUCGAUCACGGGAGUGAUUCAGGAAUCGCAUACAGGGCAACUUACAUUAUAGAUAGAGAAGGAAUUCUAAGACAUAUGAGUAUCAAUGAUACUCCUGUAGGUCGAAACCCUGACGAAAUCCUCCGCCUCGUGCAAGCAUUCCAAUUUGUAGACGAGAACGGACAGGUCUGCCCAGCCAAAUGGAAACCUGGUAAAAAAGCAGUCCCUCCUAAAGUGGGAGACUCGAAGUUACAGGAAUAUUGGGAAGACGUUCAUGCUAAAGGAGGGGAGAAGGAUAAGUAGUUC